AUGAAGGAGUCCAAACUAACGGCGUGCAAGGAUAAGGAGAGGGCGACGGAUGUGGCGCUCACUGCAGUGAGAGGCAAAGGCGGAGCGGGACCGAAGGCUAACGCUGGCGGAUGGAGGACUGCUACGUUGGAUGCAACUACGUCCCCCGGGCUGUUGGAGUGCAAGCAGCGGAUUGAGAAGGGGUUGGAGCCCGUUACCAAUACGUGGAAGGAGACGGGCGUGUCGAUCGCGAGCGACAUGAUGACAGACAAGUGCGGGCGCGCGUUGAUGAACAUCAUCUGCAUCAACGACAGUGGUGCAGUUUUCACCGAGGCGAUCGACUGUAAGGCGGAUACGAAGUGUGGGGCGUUUAUCGCCGGCAUCCUGCGGCCGGUCAUUGAGAAGGUUGGGCCGGAGCACGUCGGCGCGCUUUGCACGGACGGCGGCAGCAACUACGUGGCCGCAUGCAAGCUGCUGCACAAGAAGUACCCGCACAUCGAGAUCGUCCCCUGCGCCACUCACGUGCUGGACUUGCCGAUGGAGGAUAUCGGCGGGAUGGAUUGGGCGCAGGAAGUCCUGCACGGGGAGAAGGUGAUGAAGCCGUUGCGACCGGCGGGCACGCGCUUUGGGACGCAGUACAUCGCAGUGCCUCGUCUGUGCCAGAUUCGCUCGCAGCUGACGCAGAUGGUGUUGCACAAGGAUUGGGCGGAGAAGGGGAAGAAUCAGACUGGAAAGGUGUUCGAGGCGAUGGUAAUGGAUGCGGCGUGGUGGAAGAAGGCGGAAACCUUUGUGAAGGUGAUGGAGCUGCCGUACCGGGUGAUGAGGAGGACGGAUGGGGCGGCGAAGGGGAAGAUGGGAGCGAUGACCGACAUCAUGCUGCUGCUGACGGAGGAGUUGUCGGGCUGUUGGAGGGCGAUGAUUGUCGGCUCAAGCCGACGGAUAAGGGAGGGGGUGCAGGAGCAUUUGAGGCGGCGUUGGGAUGAGAGUUUGGCCUGGCCCCUUCACGUGGUCGGCCGGAUUUUGAAUCCGGCCAACCAGGAGGGGAUCUUCCUCAAGGAUGUUGAGUGCACCAGGGUGAUGAAGGCUUGGCUUGCACGCUCCAUGACCUUUGUUGACAAGUACUGGAAGAAGUCCAGCACGCAGGGAACGUCCAAGGCUUUGCAGGAGGCUAUGCUGACGUUUGUUGAAGGCAAGGGGUGCUUCGGGACAGAGGAGGCGAUAGAGGGGCGUGCGGAGCUGCAGGCAGGGAAGGGGGACAUGUUGACGUGGUGGAAGUUAAACGGCUGGGAGUACGCCGACCUUGCUGGCCUUGCGUGCCGAGCGCUGUCACAGCCCGUGCUAGCAGGGACUGUUGUGCACAACUACCACAAGGGUGCGGCUGGAGCAGGGCAAAGUGGGGAAGUAAGGAAGGCCGGGGUAGUGGGGGGGAACAUUCCCACCCCUCCCUUACCCGAGGGGUGCAAGUUGGAGGAGGAUGGGGAUGUGGAGGUGGACGAGGACGACAUGUGCGUCGACGAGUACGAGCACCAGGAAGACGAGGAGGAGGAGGAGAAGGAGAGCGAGGAGGAGGAUGAGGAUGAGUGA